CGGGAGCGCGCACUCUGUACCCCCCUCCUCCUCCCAAACAGCCGCACAUCCAGCUUCAACUGCUGUAGGGGGCCACAUGCAUUGAAGGGACUAGCGUGAAGGCGCCCGGUUCUUCUCUGUGCUCGAGCCGUUUCACCGUGCGCGCUCCCGCUCAGAGACAGGCUUCGGGGAGACCGGAGAGCAGACCAGCGGCAGCGGGGAGAGAGAAAGAUGGAGGUGAGGGUCGGGGAGAGACUCCUGUGCCUGGCUGUGCUGUCCAGCGUCUUCUUCGUGGACUCAGUCCUCGGUAAAUACGUCAAAGGCAUCGUCAACACCAAAGAGGACUGGGUUUUCCUCACUCGUUUCUGCUUUCUGACCGACUUUGGACGUCUGGACUUCAGGUUCCGCUAUCCAAAGUCUCGCUGCUGUCAGAACAUAUUGCUCUACUUUGAUGACAGUUCUCAGUGGCCAGCUGUGUACAAGAGGCACGAAAAGAACUGCUACCAGAAGGAAGCGGUGCUGCGGCCCGAGAACAACCAGGUCAUCAACCUCACCACACGCUACACCUGGUCAGGCUGUGUGGUGGAGGGAGACGGGAAUGAGGAGGUUCUGAGCUGCGUGGGUGGCCGUAGUUUCCGCUCAGUGAGGGAGAGAUGGUGGUACAUCGCUCUCAGCAAGUGUGGGGGCGAUGGCUUGCAGCUAGAGUACGAGAUGAAACUGACCAAUGGCCAGUCUUUCUGGACGCAGCAUUUCUCUGCAGAUGAGUUCGGAAUCUUGGAGACGGACAUCACGUUCCUGGUCAUCUUCUCCUUGGUGUUCCUCCUCUCCUGCUACUUUGCUUACAAUCUGAAGGGAAGACAGCUUCUUCACACAACCUACAAAAUGUUUAUGACGGCGGCAGGUGUGGAGGUGCUCAGCCUGUUGUUCCAUUGUGUCUACUGGGGCCUGUAUGCUAGAGAUGGAGUUGGCAACGGCAGCCUGAAAAUACUUGGGAAAUUACUGUUCUCCGUCAGUUUCUUGGUGUUCCUUCUGAUGCUCAUAUUGUUGGGCAAAGGUUUCACUGUCACCAGAGCGAGGAUCAGUCACAGUGGGUCGGUUAAGCUGAGCAUCUACAUGACAGUCUACACAAUCACCUACGUCAUCCUCUUCAUCUAUGAGGCAGAGUUCUUUGACCCAGGUGAAGUGCUGUACGCCUAUGACAGCCCCGCAGGCUACGGACUGAUGGGCCUGCAGCUGCUGGCCUACGUGUGGUUCUGCUACGCCGUGCUGGUCUCUCUGAAACACUACCCUGAGAAACAGCCCUUCUACAUCCCUUUCUUCACCACGUACACACUAUGGUUUUUCGCAGUGCCUGUUAUGGCUUUGAUCGCCAACUUUGGGAUUCCUCGUUGGGCCCGGGAGAAGAUCGUCAACGGCAUUCAGCUCGGCAUCCACCUCUACGCUCACAUCGUGUUCCUUGUUAUCACAAGACCCUCGGCAGCCAAUAAGAACUUCCCAUAUCAUGUUCGGACAUCCCAGAUUGGGAUCCUGCUGUCCAGUCCGAAAGCAGGCGAGGGGGCAGAGAGUUUCCCCCAUCAUGCCUAUGGAAAUGGCUCCUUCCUGGGAGACUCUCAACCAAACUUUACUGAACUCUUCUCCAUCCAAUCAGACCCGGUAAAGACAGUCGAGGAGACAGUGGCCCGUAAAGGACCCGAGGUGCCAAGGAACAGCGAGCAGAAGAUCAUCACCACUGCUGCCGACUUGACGGCGAUAUUGCCCCCACCUCUGCCUCAGAUACCCCCACGCCUGGCCGCAUGCUCACCCUCGCUCCCGCCCCGACUCCCUUCCUUCACAGAGUAUUUCAGCAUGCAGAGCGGAGGAGGCGGAGGAGGGUUCGGAACGAAGGCAUGAGAUGGUACAGAGGGAGAGGGAGAAAGUCGUUGAAGGAACAGACAGAAUGACAAUACAAAGUAGAGUAAAAGUCAGAGUGGAAAUAAAGGUGUUGCUGUUUAAAGACGGCCAAAAAAAAGUUUGGAUGGACGCAGAAGAGAAAUCAUCAGAAAGGUGAAACGGUCCCUUUUCACCUGUGAAUGGAAAUAACCUGAAUGGAAGAGUGAGGGGGAAAUGGCUGAGAGAUAGGAGUGCUCAACUUGUUAAAGAAUAAAAAAGCAAUAAAAAUUUGAUGUUGACCAGUAAAUGGCACACAGGGAGAAAGACGACAAAGUGGAUGUAGCCAGAGCAAUAGGAUGAUAGCUGUGCACGAUGCGGAAAUGAACAAAAUUCUUGAAAUACUUCUAUUAAAAAAUUCAUGAGGCAUUGAGGAUGGUAUAUCUGGAGGAGUUUGUAAAUAGCAAAAACGGGAGAGAGCUACCACUCUAUAUAGUUUUAUUUCAAAAAAGGAAAUUUGUUGUCAUGGUUUUUUCCACAUCAUUAGAUUCCAGUUGGUGCUGUGACCAUCAGAAAAAUCUCAUGCCAUUACAUUUAUCCAAGUCAUGUAAAAAAAAAACAAGACUUUUUUUUUUAUGUUUGACACAUUUUGAUAAAGCAUAGAUAUUAUAUGGAGUUUAUUGGGUUAAUUUAUAUUCUUAUAUGCCUUCAUUGCAGCUGGUUAUUCUGGAUUGAUAUACUGAUGUGUUAAUGUAAAAUGUCACGUUUACUGUGGGCACUUCUAGGUACUCGUAAAACACGCAUGUUUGUAUCGUAUUUCCCGUCCAAAAAGCUGAUAUAUGUGACUCCACGUGACCAUACAAUAUUCGCUUAUUGUGUGUAUUGAAAUCUAUAGGUUUGUAAAUACAAACAAUAGGCUUUAGUAUAUUUUUAACUGGAUAAAUUAUGUUAAAUGUUAUUCCAAUCAAAACCUUGCGCUGUCUGAAACAUGAAACCAAUAAUAUACUCUGUCGGUUUUAGUUGAGUUUUCACCGGAGUGCAGAAUAUGCCUGCUCAAAAAAUGUCAUUUCUGUGUAUGUAGACGUUGGUGAAUGUACUGAUGCAAUACAGCACAAGGACAGGGAUGAUUUUCAAGUUACUGGAAUACUACAGUACACCUUUUGUCAAAUGUUCUUUACUCUCUUCUUGGCUUUCAGCUACAACACAUUCAUGAUUUUAGAGCAGGGGGCUGCCCUUUAUUGAAAUACGUAAGUAACUUAAUCCUCACCCCUGUCUAGUACCUGAAACAUGAAUAUUUGUUGGCUUUAUCUCACUUUAACGUUCAAACAGUGCAAAAAGUAAAACAAAUAUUCCUAGUUUUGGAUCCCCUAACAUUGAGCUAUGACAAAAAAAGCCUUGUAGAUUAACUGUUAAAACGGCAAUAGAGCUGUACAUUUUGUCUGUCCUGCAUGGAGCACUUUAAUGUUCCUGGUCUUAGUCUGUUUAUUUGUGAUGAUGUCACCUUAUAAGACUGCUUUAAAACCUGUAUUCACACCACUUUGAGUACUAUUCCAGAUGCAUACACCUGUAAAUAGUCUGAAAAUGUCAUCGACUGUCCGGACAUUUUUGGGGAGGUAUCAUGAUCCGUCAACGUAAUUUAACAUUGAAUUGCUGAAGUUGACAAGUCAUGUAAGAGUGUCACUUAAGCUGAGUUUACCACUACCUGCAAUUCAGAAAAAAUAUCUGUGAAAGUACACUAACAUUCAGUUUUAUCUUGACUGUUUUGUACUUGAUUCGUAAAAAUGGUGAUACUCAGCUUGUAGUCCACAUUUAUCAAUGAGAGUCUGUCUGCAAUGGAGUAUUGUAGGAUGUUAGGACUGUGGUGUGUAGCUUGUAAGAGUGUAGUCAGAGGUGUAACUUAGUGUGAAACAGAAUGAUACUUGAAUUAUAGUACUAGUAGUUCUUUCUGAUUUUGUCCAGUUUAUAUUUGGCAUGUCUGCCAUUUUGUCUGCCUUUGCCUAUUGUUAUGGUUGCCAUGACUUGACUGAACAGACAAUGGGUGACUUGACUAACAGACAGGCUUACUGAAACUGUAUCGCUGCUUCAACCUUGUGUAUAUUGACAUACAAUUACAGGACUGAGACACUUUGUGGAGAGAACUGGACAAAAAGAGAUUAUGUAUGCAUGACAGAAAACAGCACAGCUUUUAGGCUACUCGGAGCGAUCUGGUUAAGAGCACAUCACUGAAGCACUAUUCAAAUGCAUUUUAAUGGUGUCAAAUGAAAAUUCUAAAUACGCUGUACAUAUACACUUUUUGCCAAAAUAAAAAAAAAAAAAAGGUUUUAUUAGA